AUGGAUGAACACCCCGAGCUCCCCCAAGCCAAAUCCAAGAAGAAGAAGAAGGACAAGAAGCAGCAGCAGCAGCCGCCCGAAGUCCCCAAACCCACCACCGCUCAAGAACACGCCGCUGCCGAUGCUGUGCCAUCCAAGGACCGCCGGAAGAAGCGAAAGACCACCGACCCUCCAUCCCUCGCCCCUGCCAAAGAAACGACAAGCUUUUGCCCCCGCCAACAGCUCAGGGUUUGGACUGACGCCGACGAGGUCGCCCUCCUGAGGGCUGCCAUCCUCUUCCGCGACGAGAGGGGCUCCCUUCCGGGACGGAGCAAUAUCCUCGACUUUUUCAACUUUGUCCAGCCCUCUCUUCUAACCCAAAUCCGGAAUCCGGAGCAAGUCCGCAGCAAGCUUAAGCGCCUGCAUCGCAAGUACUUCGACAAGCCCUGGGGCCCGGCCGCCUCUGCUGGUGCCCAUGACCGCCUCGUCCACGAGCUCGCGGGCCAGCUCUGGUCCUCCCAACUGGAGACUUUCGCCGAGAAGCAAGAUGAAGCGAGUCGCGGAUCCUUGGAAAGCAAAGAAGCUGGACGUUAA